AUGGAGCCCAUACCGCCUCAAAACGAGGUUUCAUUGCCAACAGAGCUCUGGAUUUGUAUCGCUCGAUACCUGAAUCCAUCAUGCUUUUAUGGCACACUGCCUCGAAUCAGUAAGGCUUUCAAGGAAAUGGUAAAGGCUGAACCUCUCUACGUUAAAGUCGAGCUGUAUUUGACGCCAAAAGAUCCUGAUGUCCUCUUGUCAAAGUUUGAGGUCGAAGUACAAGAGAACUUUACGUUCGUGGACAAGAGAUUGCCUCCUAUUGGUAUUAACGUCUUCGCUCAUACGUCGUUUAUUGGCCAAACAAUACAGUACAAUGCAGUAUACGAAGCCAUCGCCAGGGAAUUCCGAGAAAUGACUCGUAUAGAAAACUUCCAUUUCGUAUUCAACAACAUCACGACAGGUCCGCUCGAACGAGAAGCCGAUGCUUUAAAACACAAGACAGCUUGUAUAACAUUUACCAACAGUGCACGAGAACGCAAUCCACCACAUGUAUCGCCUGUUCUCCGUGUGAGAAGAUGGGCUUCCUUCCCAUGGUUUGCUCUUCACGAAUAUCUACCAGCUCGUCAUGAUGUCUCGAUACCAGGAUUCGUCAUGAAUGUAAAAACCCUGGAAUUGGAUUUAAUAAUGUCUAGUAGAGAAUCGCCGUUUAUAGAUCCUUCUCGCUUUGAUGGUUUAGGAAUGCUUUGGACGGGACUUGAAGAACUUCGAAUUGGAACUAGGGUAUCAUUCAGCGCCCAUAGUAAUUUAACCAACGAGAAACGAAUGGUAGACGUACAACCUGUAGAUAAUAAUCCGGUAGUGCCAGAUACAACUAUCCACGACGACGAUAAUGAUGAGAACUGGGUAGACGAGGAUGUGCCACAUCCAGCACAUCCCGUAACGUUUUCGUUAUCACCCCACCCCUUACUGCCACCAUAUCAUUUUGACGAAGAGAACGAUGACGGAUGGGACAGUGAUUCUGGAUCUGGAAUCAUAUCAAUAGGAGACAACGAUAAUGACGACGAUGAGCUUAGUAACGACGAUGACAUGGAGGACGAUGACAGUGAUUGGGAAUCUGACAACGAGUCAGAUUCCGAUACAGGUGUUGGAAAUGGUAGUAAUGGUGACGCAAUGAUUAUCGCCAAGCGUCGUAAAACCUUGUUACGAGCGAUUGUCUUGGAUCAGCUAGUGGAGAUGAACAAGAGUUCAGCCUUCUCAGCAUUGACGACUCUGGAAAUUAACUUCCCUCUUGAAAGAGCAGACCAUCUCUUUAAUCAUAUAAUUCCGUACAUACCGUCUUUACGACGUGUCUACUUGGCCUUUGGAGUAACAUAUACAUCUCGUGAGUUGGGGAGCACCGAGUAUCCGCCUCUAGAAAGUUUAGGAUGGAUUCAGGAUCCAAGCAGAGAAUUCUUUAGGGAGGCUUUACUACCAUCGAUACAUGAUCUUGCCAUUCAAUUCCACCGCCCUGACGACAAGCUAUUCGAGGUUAUGGUCGAAGGCCUAGCUGGAACCCAACAUCAUCUGAAACAUCUCCGAAUUCAGAUACUUGGAAUGUAUGAAACAAGAGGUGAAUUAUGUGAUAAGGUCAGUAGGUUUUGUCGGGGCUGUGUCGACAAGUGUAGGAAAGAGUUGAAUCGAUUCACAUUGGAGAUGCGUCAAGACUGGCUUGAUGAGAAUAUGCAUCAUUUGACGGAUUUGAAGAGGGAUUUGAAGCAUUCAAAUAUUGCAUUCGAACUUGUGAAAUUGCCGAAGCCUGUAUAUUAUGCAAAGUAG